AAAUUCCGUUACUGGAAAACCAUCGGUAGUAUUUGCGAUGCAAAAUAAUAUGACCGAAAAAAAGGAUGUUUGCAAUGCUGACAGUACUCAGGAGACUAAUGAAUUUCAGUGUCAACAAGAAAGUGAUGUAUUUGAGCAUGAUCAUAUUUACGGUUCACCGUCAGAUGUUGCGUUACUUCGUUAUGUGGAAAUGUUUUCAUCGGUGGAGAAAACUCGAAUGAAUUACAUUACAGUUCUUGAUAUGCCAUUCAAUUCGGUUCGUCGAUAUCAUUUGGUGAUAGCACGUGAUGUUACGGAAUUAUCGGAAAUGGAAAAAGAUAAGAAAGCUAUGAGUGAAUCAAAUGAUGGUGCUAUUUUUAUAAUGAUGAUUAAAGGUGCACCGGAAGUAGUCCUAAAAUAUUGCAACUAUCUUCAAGUUGAUAAGGAAUGUUUGCCAAUUGAUGGAAAACUUCGUCAAGAGUGCCAGGUAGCGUGGGAACAUUUUGGAAAUGAAGGAAAAAGAGUUUUUGCAUUUGCUAUAAAGCGUUUUUCCAACAGUGAUGCAAAUGCUAAGUUUACAUCUGCUGAUAUUGUAUUGGAAAAUUUAAUAUUUUUAGGAAUGGCAGCGCUAAUUGAUCCACCGAGCAUCACCGGUUUUUUUUUAAGGGAUGACGCAGCAAAUGCAAUAAAACAAUGCAAAGAAGCCGGUAUUAAGGUUUAUAUGAUUACAGGUGAUCAUCCGACAACUGCGGUUGCAGUGGCUCGAAAAAUUGGAUUUAUUGGUGGUGAUGAAAUGGCUGAGCCGAGCGGUCGUGAUCAUUUAAAAUUAAGUGUAAUUGGUGGUAAACAAAUAAAUUGGGGUAUUGCAACAGGCGAUGAUUUGGAUCGUUUGGAUGAUUGCGGUUGGAAUGAAUUGCUCAAAAAGAAAUAUAUCGUUUUUGCAAGGAUAAAUCCGUAUCAAAAAUUUCGAAUUAUUGAAGAAUGUCAAAAACGCGGUGAAAUAGUAGCUGUUACCGGUCAAGGUGUUAGCGACGCAAAAGCUCUGGCAUGCGCUAAUAUCGGUAUUGCUAUGGGCAUUACAGGUAGUGAUAUAGCAAAGCAGGCAGCAGAUAUCAUUCUUAUGGAUGAUAAUUUUGCGUCAAUCGUCAAAGGUAUUGAAGAGGGACGUUUGUUAUUUGACAAUUUGCGCCUUUCAAUUGCUUAUACAUUAGCUCAUCUUUGGCCAGAAAUAUUUCCAAUUGUCUUACAAUUUAUGCUUGGUUUGCCAUUAGGAUUAUCAGCUUUACAGAUUUUAAGUAUUGAUUUAGCAAGUGAAUUACCGCCAUCGAUCUCGUUAGCAUAUCAAUCACCGGAAAGUGAUAUAAUGCGAAUUCCGCCACGGCAUCGUAAUGAUCGCUUGGUAUCUCGAUCUCUUCUUAUUUAUUCAUAUGCUUUUAUUGGUACAAUCAUUACGGUUGGAUGUAUUGUAUCGUUUCUUUUUGUUUAUCAAUAUCAUAAUAUUGAAUUAAGUGAUUUACUUUUUACUGCUGAUAAUUAUUGGUCCCGAGAAUCGGAAAAUUUAACAAUCAGUAAUGGAAAUGUAUUAACAUCAACCGAGCAAGUAUACAUUAAAGGUCAAGCAGCAGCAGCAUGGCAAAUUACAUUAGUAGUCUCUCAGAUUUUUCACUUAUAUAUGUGUUCAACACGUGGAACGUCACUUUUUCGUCACGCUUCCACCAAUUUAGUUUCCAUCUUUGCAGUUAUUAUCGAAAUUUUAUUGCUCAAUUUAUUCAUUUAUACACCAUUUGCACAAUCUUUCAUGGAAACUCAAUCACCACCAAAUGAGAUACAGUAA